AUGACCUCCGGCACGACGAUGGCCACCUCGCAGCGCACCACCCCGCACGCCGACGUCGACGACAUCAACGUCGACGUCGAGCAGUCCGCCUCCGCCGGCAAGCCGGCCAAGAAGCGCACCAACCCGCUCGCGACGAUCUCCAACCUCCGCCACAUCCUCAGCGUCCACAAGGCGGCGGGAGCCGUGGGCGGGGCCGUGGGCGGGGCGGUCGACACCGCCGGCGCCGCCUCGCGCGAGACGGCGCUGCUCGCGGGCCGCACGUUGCUGAUGCUGCUCAACAACCCGAUCACCGGCCCGGCCACCAUGCGCAUGCUGCGCGAGGGCCCCGACACCGCCACCGCGCUCCUCGACCUGCUGUUGGUGCCCGUGCUGCCGACGGUGCGCAUGCUCGUGGGCAAACAGCUGAUCGAGAU